AUGCCGCCGGCCUCGCUGAAACGAGUCACCUCAACCGAUAGAGAUAUAUCACCACCGCCAGCAAAACGAAAAGUAACUGGCACAGUAAACAGCAAUGUCGUUGCCAACUUCUUUAAGCCUACAUCACAAAAAUCACCGGAGAAGGUGAUCUUUCAUGUCAGCGCGGAAACAAUACUUGUUGCGCGGUACGAAGAUGCUGUCACAGCCAAGCGACCACGACCCCUGAAGAUUGCCGCCUUCGACUUUGACGACACGAUUGUGGCAACGAAAUCUGGUAAUAGAUUCAGCAAGGCUCCUGACGACUGGCGAUGGUGGCAUGCGACUGUACCUGGUCGCCUCAAGCAGUUGCAUCAUGAUGGCUAUGCUGUUGUCAUAGUCAGCAACCAAGGUGCAGUCAGCCUCCGAGCAGAUACAAAGGCACCAAAGGAUGGCAUGCGCAGUCUAAACAACUUCAAAGGCAAAGUCACAGCAGUAUUAAAUACACUGGAGCUUCCGAUUACACUGUAUGCUGGCACUGGACCAGACUUGUCGCGUAAGCCGAGAACUGGAAUGUGGCAACAACUGCUGAAGGACUAUGGCUUGUCCGAUGAUGGGGACAUCGAUCACGAGAACUGUGUUUUCGUUGGAGAUGCUGCUGGACGUGAAGCAGAUAAAGCCUCUGGCACGCGAAAAGAUCACGCAUGUUCGGAUCGAGACUUCGCAGCUAACGUUGGGAUUUCUUUCCAAACUCCCGAGGAGUACUUUCUAGGCGAGCCAGUGAAGUCAUUCAUUCGGACUUUCGACCCAGCUUCUUAUGUGAACGUUGAGUUGACAGCGCAGACAGAUGUGUCACCAAUCGUGUUUACGAAGAAGCACGACGUCGAGCUCGUGCUAUCUUGUGGCAGUCCAGGUGCAGGCAAGUCUACCUUUUACUGGCAGCAUAUGCAGCCUUUGGGUUAUGAGAGGGUGAACCAAGAUAUACUCAAGUCACGAGACAAAUGUAUCAAAGUCGCAACACAGUGCCUCGAGGAUCGUCAGCCUGUUGUGGUUGAUAAUACCAAUGCAGAUAUUGAAACACGAGCCGCUUGGAUAGGAGUGGCCAGGAAGAUGAAGGUCCCGAUCCGAUUGGUCUACUUCACUGCAUCGGCAAAGCUGUGCGAGCAUAACGAUACAGCGAGAGCUCUUACCGGCCACCUGAUGAACCCUGAGAAGAGAACAAUGUUGCCAAAGAUGGCAUUCACCGGCUUCACAGCUCGGCAUCGUGAACCGCGUGUUGAGGAAGGCUUUGAAGACAUCACCAGAGUUGAUUUCAAGUUCGAAGGCUCGGACGAGCAGAAAGCACAAUGGAUGCGUUAUUGGAUCUCUUGA